AUGAUUUUUUCAAGGAUUGGUCGCUCCUUAUCUCGAUCCUCUCGCUCCAGAAAUUUGAUUGGUCUGAAUGGGCGAUCGUCGGCGGCGGCUCUGAACGGUAAUGGAGUACCGGGUUCGGGUUCGUAUCUGGGUCGGGUCGAUGGGGAUUUAGGGUUUAUGAGGUCGUAUAUUGCUUCGGCAAUAGGAGCGCAUAAGACCCAUGUUUCUGAUGUGAGUUACAUUCUAGGGAACCCUAAAUUUCUGAGACUGUUUUCCAGUGAAGCCCCAAAGAAAAAGAAUUUUGAGAACUUCUAUCCCAAGGAAAAGAAAGAGAUUCCGAAAGGGGAUGAUCAGAAAUCCGAGUCCAAAGACGGGUCAAGCACGGAUGACCAGGGCAGUUUCCAGGAAGCUUUCAUAAAGCAGUUCCAGAAUUUAGUCCCUUUAGUAUUGAUCGGACUAUUUUUCUCUUCCUUUUCUUUUAGCUCCAGUGAUCAGAAACAGAUAAGUUUUCAAGAGUUUAAGAACAAACUUCUGGAACCUGGUUUGGUUGAUCAUAUAGUUGUUUCUAAUAAAUCAGUUGCGAAAGUAUUUGUACGUAGCUCACCACGCAGUCAAUCACGUGAUGAAGUUGUUGAAGGAACUAUUAAUGGUAAUGCUGCUCGGGGAAAAGGGGGCGAGUAUAAAUACUUUUUUAAUAUUGGAAGUGUUGAUAAUUUCGAGGAGAAGUUGGAGGAUGCCCAGGAAGCUUUGGGGAUAGAUUCUCAUGAUUAUGUUCCUGUUACAUAUGUCUCUGAAAUGGUAUGGUAUCAAGAAUUGAUGAGGUUUGCACCAACAUUAAUCCUUCUGGGAACCCUCUUGUAUAUGGGGAGGAGAAUGCAGGGUGGACUAGGCAUUGGUGGUGGUUCUGGUGGCCGGAGUGGUCGUGGAAUAUUCAACAUAGGAAAAGCCCAUGUUACAAAAGUAGAUAAAAAUGCAAAGAAUAAGAUCUACUUUAAAGAUGUUGCCGGUUGUGAUGAAGCAAAGCAAGAGAUUAUGGAAUUUGUGCAUUUCCUGAAGAACCCUAAAAAGUAUGAGGAUUUGGGAGCCAAAAUUCCCAAAGGUGCUCUAUUGGUAGGUCCACCAGGUACAGGAAAGACCCUUUUAGCUAAAGCAACUGCAGGGGAAUCUGGUGUUCCUUUCCUAUCUAUAUCCGGAUCAGAUUUCAUGGAGAUGUUUGUUGGUGUUGGACCUUCCAGAGUGAGAAACUUGUUUCAAGAAGCAAGGCAAUGUGCUCCGAGUAUUGUAUUUAUUGAUGAGAUUGAUGCAAUUGGUCGAGCAAGGGGGCGUGGAGGCUUCUCAGGGUCCAAUGAUGAGCGUGAAAGCACUCUAAAUCAAUUGCUGGUAGAAAUGGAUGGCUUUGGAACAACUGCUGGGGUAGUUGUGCUUGCUGGCACCAAUAGGCCUGAUAUUUUGGACAAAGCCUUACUAAGGCCUGGUCGAUUUGAUCGUCAGAUUAGCAUUGAUAAACCGGAUAUCAAAGGUCGUGAACAGAUAUUUCAGAUAUACUUGAAAAAACUCAAACUUGAUCAAGAACCAUCAUAUUACUCUCAAAGGCUUGCAGCUCUGACUCCAGGAUUUGCUGGAGCAGACAUCGCCAAUGUUUGUAAUGAAGGUGCUUUAAUUGCUGCCAGGAACGAAAGUCCAAUAAUCACGAUGCAGCAUUUUGAGUCGGCUAUAGAUAGGAUAAUUGGUGGUCUGGAAAAGAAGAACAGGGUUAUUAGCAAGCUUGAACGCCGCACUGUUGCCUACCAUGAGUCAGGGCAUGCUGUUGCAGGAUGGUUUUUAGAGCAUGCAGAACCAUUGUUAAAAGUGACCAUUGUUCCUCGAGGGACAGCAGCACUCGGGUUCGCCCAGUAUGUUCCUAAUGAAAACCUCCUCAUGACCAAGGAGCAGCUUUUUGAUAUGACUUGCAUGACCCUUGGUGGUAGAGCAGCUGAACAGGUGAUGUUGGGAAAAAUUUCGACGGGAGCCCAAAACGAUUUGGAAAAGGUGACAAAGAUGACGUAUGCCCAGGUUGCAGUUUAUGGUUUUAGUGACAAGGUGGGUCUUCUUUCUUUCCCUCAAAGAGAUGACGGGUUUGAGAUGUCAAAGCCCUACAGCAGCAAGACUGCAGCCCUUAUUGACGGUGAAGUACGCGAAUGGGUUGGCAAGGCUUAUGCACAUACAGUUGCACUCCUAGAAGAACACAAAGAUCAAGUGGCUCAAAUUGCAGAAUUGUUGCUAGAAAAGGAAGUUCUUCACCAAGAUGACCUUCUCAGGGUUUUGGGAGAGAGACCAUAUAAGUCGAGCGAAGUGAGCAACUAUGAUAGAUUUAAACAAGGUUUUGAAGAUGAGAAAACUGUUGAGGCCCCUGUUAGUGUCGGGCGUGAGGAAGAUGGCUCUUCACCUCUAGAGCCUCAGGUUCUCCCUACUUAGUUUAUUGGAGAAGUUGUUUGUAAGUUGUACAUUGUAAUUGUUAUUCCCUUCUUUUUGUCAUUUAAACAUACUUUUAUGCUAACAACAUGGCAUAUUUCUUGUACGGACGAAAUCUGUAUCAUACGACAAUCCCUAUUUUAUGACUACAUGACUAUGUAUGAUGUUGAUUGAUUCCAGAGAACAUUUCUUAAUAUUUUGCG